GAUGCAGAUAAACCCAGCCCAGUGAUAGUCGAUCGGCCUCACACACCUCCGUCCAGUUUGGAGGAGAAAACGAUUUCUGAUGACGAAUCGGCAAUCCAGUCCACCACUGAAAUUGUGAUUCGAAGGAGAUCAACAACCAUGACCGAACAGGAGCAUAACUACCCAAUUGUUCUGCUCGCGGGGGGUCUAAUAGCAUUCGCCGGCUUUUGUUGUUACAUCAUCAGUCGGCUGUUAUUUUGUCGCUAUCAACCCUGUGAGUGGCACGGCGCAUUCCUGAAUACACUGGAAGAACUACUGGGUUUGGCAGAAACACGUGGCUCCUGUCCACUCCGACGAGAACGGUUGUCCGCGUUUAUGGAUUACACCCCGGGAUCAAUGCCAUUUUAG